CGGCCAAAAAUUGGUUAAAAGAAAGUAAUGAGGUUAAACAACUUUACCAGUUAAUAGCUGAUUGUGCAAAAGAAGUUCAUAAUAUUAUGUAUCCCGAUUACAAUUAUAGACCAAAGAGUAAGCAAAUUGGUUAUUGUUCUAAAGUAAAAAACAAAACAACAAAACCAUCACUUCGCACUCUGAUUGAUCUUUGUAUUUACACUAAUCUUUCAGAUUAUGAUAAGAAAAUAUGGAAUUUAGUUGAUAAAUUAACUGAUUUAAAAUGA